AUGGACCCAGACACACAGUCGCCACGAUGGGAUGGAAAUCGCCUGUCUGCAUCGUCUUUCCCGCGACAAGGUUGGUCCCGCCUAUCGCCGUCCUAUACGCCUCCCACGGGAGAUGCAGCCCCCUCACUCCACGCAAACUGGCGGCCCUAUAACUCCGCCGGGGACCAUUCAGACCGAGAUCGAUCGCAUCAACCAUCGACUCUGUAUCAAGUUGACAGUGAUCCUCAGCCCCCAUCCCCAAGAGAUCGUGGAGCCAGCCCGGUCUCAGGGCAGCCUACCACUCGCCCAACUUACCCGGUCCUGGUAAGAGCAUAUUCCGGCAAUGCGGAGGAGGCGAAUGGUAGGCGCUCCGCCAUGUAUUCGCGUCGCCUGUUCUCCUCUGGCCUGAAGGGUUCAGUUUCAUCCUGUCCAUCGGGCCCGCCGAUGCCGUCGGACAAGGACUUCAGUAUAGCGAGCAUACUGCAGGCCAUUGACCCCGAUAUCCGCACAACACUUGACUCAAUCGCCGAGAUCUGCGGCCGCAGCAAAUUGAGCCUUGCCAAUGAAUAUGACAGCCAUAUCGCUCCAUUGGGAGAGAUUCGUGCUCCGCCUGGCGGGCUGGUUCCCGUUGAAGAGGCAAGUUCGACCGACGAGCGGCGCGCUGAUGAGGGCAUAGAGAUCUUUGAGGAUGAACCUGACCUGAUGGAUACUGGUCGUGACAUGCAUCUCUUCUCAUUUCAUCGAUAUCUCGAAAAUCUUCGACACACCGCCUCUACCCUGGAACGCAGCGGCGCCUCAGCAUCCAGAGCGACAUUAGUUGCAAAUGAUGCUCAGCCUGCCUCCAGUAGCCUUCAGUUGGAUUCAGCGACAAGCAUGGAGCAACCAGCCUUUACCCUGACUCGAGAGCUUACCUCCGGGCCAAAACAGUCGGGACGAGAUCUACUUGCGAAGCAAGAUAUUUCUGACCCUGCCAACAAGCAAUCGCCUGUUGCAACACCUGCUCUUGUUUCGGAAAUUCAUCUAAAUGCACGAACAGGGGACCAACAAAUGACCUCCAGUUCUUGUCAACUCAACGCCGGCACCCCUAAUCCUUAUGAUAACGAAGCGUGGUGGAACCCGGAGGUAGUCCAAUCGCUCCUUGGCUGGCUGAGGUGGACUACUCGCGCCGUGGGACCGGAAUCUCGACCGGUUGUCCAGUCUGCUGAAGACCGUCUACGGGCUAUGCUCGAGCGGCCAGAUCGUUAUAGAAGUUACUCUCCUUCGCCAUAG